CGUCGGGUAAACCUGUUUGGCGAGGCGGCCGCGCCGGGGCGGAUCGUGCGGCCGGCGGCUCCCUCCCGGCUCGCGGCGUCGGGGCCCGUGGCGCGCGCGCGGCCGCCCCUCGGCCCCGGAGCCCCUCGGCGGCGCCACCAUGUACUCGGGAGCCGGCCCCGUGCUCGCGCCUCCCGCGCCGCCGCCGCCGCCCAUCCAAGGAUAUGCCUUCAAGCCUCCGCCCAGACCCGACUUCGGGACCUCCGGGAGAACAAUCAAGUUACAGGCCAACUUCUUUGAAAUGGACAUUCCAAAAAUUGACAUCUAUCAUUACGAAUUGGACAUCAAGCCGGAGAAAUGCCCACGGAGAGUGAACAGGGAAAUAGUGGAACAUAUGGUCCAGCACUUUAAAACACAGAUCUUCGGGGAUCGGAAACCAGUGUUUGAUGGAAGAAAGAAUCUGUACACAGCGAUGCCCCUUCCGAUCGGGAGGGAUAAGGUGGAGCUGGAGGUCACGCUGCCCGGAGAAGGGAAGGACCGCAUCUUCAAGGUGUCCAUCAAGUGGGUGUCCUGCGUGAGCCUACAGGCGUUACACGAUGCACUUUCGGGGCGGCUGCCCAGCGUCCCCUUUGAGACGAUCCAGGCCCUGGAUGUGGUCAUGAGGCAUUUGCCAUCCAUGAGGUACACGCCAGUGGGCCGCUCCUUCUUCACGGCGUCCGAGGGCUGCUCCAACCCCCUUGGCGGGGGCCGGGAAGUGUGGUUUGGCUUCCAUCAGUCCGUCCGACCUUCUCUUUGGAAAAUGAUGUUAAAUAUUGAUGUCUCAGCAACUGCGUUUUAUAAGGCACAGCCGGUAAUCGAGUUUGUUUGUGAAGUUUUGGAUUUUAAAAGUAUUGAAGAACAACAGAAACCUCUGACAGAUUCCCAAAGGGUCAAGUUUACCAAAGAAAUCAAAGGUCUAAAGGUGGAGAUAACGCACUGUGGGCAGAUGAAGAGGAAGUACCGUGUCUGCAACGUGACCCGCCGGCCCGCCAGCCACCAAACGUUCCCGCUGCAGCAGGAGAGCGGGCAGACGGUGGAGUGCACGGUGGCUCAGUACUUCAAGGACAGGCACAAGCUGGUCCUGCGUUACCCGCACCUUCCAUGUUUACAAGUCGGACAGGAGCAGAAACACACCUACCUUCCCCUCGAGGUCUGUAACAUAGUGGCAGGACAGAGAUGUAUCAAAAAACUGACCGACAAUCAGACCUCAACCAUGAUCAGAGCGACUGCCCGGUCAGCACCAGAUCGUCAAGAAGAGAUCAGCAAGCUGAUGCGAAGUGCAAGUUUUAAUACAGAUCCGUAUGUUCGUGAAUUUGGAAUCAUGGUCAAGGACGAGAUGACAGAUGUGACCGGGCGGGUCCUCCAGCCGCCCUCCAUCCUCUACGGGGGCAGGAAUAAAGCGAUCGCCACCCCUGUCCAGGGCGUGUGGGACAUGCGGAACAAGCAGUUUCACACGGGCAUCGAGAUCAAGGUGUGGGCCAUCGCCUGCUUUGCCCCCCAGCGUCAGUGCACGGAAGUCCACCUGAAGUCCUUCACGGAGCAGCUCAGAAAGAUCUCGAGGGAUGCUGGAAUGCCCAUCCAGGGCCAGCCGUGCUUCUGCAAAUACGCCCAGGGGGCAGAUAGCGUGGAGCCCAUGUUCAGGCAUCUGAAGAACACGUACGCCGGCCUGCAGCUGGUGGUGGUCAUCCUGCCGGGCAAGACCCCCGUGUACGCCGAGGUCAAGCGCGUGGGAGACACGGUGCUGGGGAUGGCCACGCAGUGCGUGCAGAUGAAGAACGUGCAGAGGACCACGCCCCAGACCUUGUCCAACCUCUGCUUGAAGAUCAAUGUCAAACUGGGGGGCGUGAACAACAUCCUCCUGCCCCAGGGGAGGCCGCCUGUGUUCCAGCAGCCCGUCAUCUUCCUGGGGGCCGACGUCACUCACCCACCCGCUGGGGACGGGAAGAAGCCUUCCAUCGCCGCUGUCGUGGGCAGCAUGGAUGCGCACCCCAACCGCUACUGCGCCACGGUGCGGGUCCAGCAGCACCGGCAGGAGAUCAUCCAGGACCUGGCCACCAUGGUCCGGGAGCUGCUCAUCCAGUUCUACAAGUCCACGCGCUUCAAGCCCACACGCAUCAUCUUCUACCGCGACGGCGUCUCCGAGGGCCAGUUCCAGCAGGUUCUCCACCAUGAGUUGCUGGCCAUUCGUGAGGCGUGUAUUAAGCUAGAAAAAGACUACCAGCCAGGGAUCACUUUCAUAGUGGUACAGAAAAGGCAUCACACACGGCUGUUCUGCACCGACAAGAACGAGAGGGUUGGGAAAAGUGGAAACAUUCCAGCAGGCACAACUGUGGACACGAAAAUCACCCACCCGACCGAAUUUGACUUCUACCUGUGUAGCCACGCUGGCAUCCAGGGAACAAGCAGGCCUUCCCACUAUCACGUGCUUUGGGAUGACAAUCGUUUCUCUUCCGAUGAGCUGCAGAUUCUCACCUACCAGCUGUGUCACACCUACGUGCGUUGCACGCGCUCUGUGUCCAUCCCGGCGCCAGCAUACUACGCCCACCUGGUGGCCUUCCGGGCCAGGUACCACCUGGUGGACAAAGAACAUGACAGUGCCGAAGGAAGCCAUACCUCCGGGCAGAGUAAUGGACGAGACCAUCAAGCGUUGGCGAAGGCCGUCCAGGUUCAUCAGGACACCCUGCGCACCAUGUACUUUGCUUGACGUGUUUUAGUGUUUACGAUCGUGUACCGAGUUGGAUUCACAUGAGACCAGCUACACUCAGACCAACAGAUGCCCAGCCCUUCCGUGACAGCCAGCAUCAAACAUGAGACGUCAUUGAUUUUAGUAGAUUCUCCAUUUUCCAGAAUGCCUUCUGUCCCAGAUUUCAAACUUGGAUUUUGAACUGCAGACCUGUAUGAGACCCCAUUGUCGUAGGAAAUAUGGUUUGCCAAAAUCUAUAAGCUGCUUAUUAAAAUAGAGUCCCGUGUUUCCUAAAAAUCUCCUAAAACCAGUCUAUGAACUCAGGGCUUUAAAACAUUUUUAAUUUAUUUGGUCAUUCAAUUUACUUGUUUUUAACACAUGAUUCUCUAUGAAAUUGAUGGGCUCAAACUAGCUGUGAACGUUCUCAGAGAGUGAAAGUGACACAGAGCACGGCUGUGGUUUUAAAGCCUUGAGCAUUCUGAGGUGGCCACUAACGCUUAUGUCCGAGUGAUUCGAGCGUGCUCCUGACAGGGCUGCCACCAGCUCUUCGGGACCGAGGGCAGGUGGCCCGCCGAGGCGCCCACGGGUGUCUAACACCGCCACCGCCCGCCUCUCACUCAGCUUGAGAUAAGGAGCGGGGGCAGAAGAUGGGCCGUGUGUGUUUACAGCAUUUCUAGGUCCAGAGAGAUUGGCAGACAAGUGCCAUUUUAAUAAAAAUUUAUUUAAAAAAAGAAAAAAAGACAAUAUGCCGACAGUCUAAUCAUAAGAUUUGUCCUACAGGACUGUGACAUUUAUUUUCCAAAGUUUCUAAAGAAUACGGGUCUGUGGUGAUAAAUACAGUACAAUCCUUUUUCACUGUUAUGUCUUUAAUGUAAGAGAAAAAAUAUAUAUAUCUGGUUUGCAGUAUUAAUGUGAUAGAUAGAUGCUGUUUUUUCAUUUUAUUGACUACGGGGUGCUUCUUGUGAUCUGUUCAUCAUAUCAAGAGUGUUGUGGAGCCUGGAGGCUGGACCACCGCCUGUGGUUCUCAGUGCUGACGUACGGGAGUAAGCAGCUGAGUCAGUGUGACCGCCACCCGCCGUCCCCCCCAUGUAGCCUGCGUAGCCUGUACCUGCGGGAGGACCGGGCACGGGCACGGCGGCCCUGCCCCACCUCCUGUCCCCCGUGUUGCUCAGCCGAUUAAGCACAAAUGGAAUGUAUUUUCUUCCAUUCCUGGAAAACCAGUCCUUGUGUCAGAGUGUCCCUCUCUCUGUGUGUGGUUCUGUUAGACGAGUUUCGUAGGAUCUAUGCACUGAAAGGCGCAGAGGCUGGCGGUUGGCGGCAAGCCCCUGCCCUUGGAGGUGGCUGACUGCAAAGCCGUCAGAAGAGAUUGGCGUCCUGGGCCCCAGACGUGGGUUUGCCCGUCUAGAAACCGUUGCACUAAGCGUGAUGCCAUGGAACACUUGGAAAGGUAACAAUGGACAACUCUGUUUGUGCUCAGUGGGCUGUUGGUCCUUGUAGACGAUUUAAAAAAAAAAAAAAAAACCAAGUCCACGUUUAAUGUAGAGGUUCUGGGAAGGAGACGCGCCUUCCCCUCGUGCUGCUUUGUGCUCUGUCGGUUUCCCUCUCCCUGCUGAAGGCCUCCCCAAGCCCAGCCCGACUCUUACCUCUGGCCCUGCGGUGGAGUGAGGGCCCCGGGGGCGCCCUGCGCUGGAGAAAGCGCCCACCUCUGUUUCUGGUCUGCGGGCUCUGGGGCGCGGCCGGGGCAGGGCACCGUGGGCAGAGCUGUGACGGGCACUCGGCCUAGGUUUGGGCGGCGAUGACAAAGGGGCGACUAUUAUUUGUGAAGAUAAAUACUCAGAGUGGCGUGUGCGUGUGCGUGUCUGAGUGUGUGUGUGGGUGUCUCACUGAUGGCGUGAGCCUCUUGCUGUAUCUUUCUUGUCUUGGGGUUUGGUUGGCUGUUUUUUUUUUUUCCUUUUUCUUUCUCUCUCUCUCUUUUUUUUUUUUUCGUCUUUUUAAAACGAACAGAAGCCUCUGCUCUAAGAAAUGUUGCAAUUCCCUGUCUCUUAUUGGCAAUUGGCACUUUCUCCUCUUUUCAGAAGAAUACCGAUACACUCUUGGCUUAAAUUCCCAGAGCAUUCAAGCUAAGGAGGAAAUCUUUUCACUAAUACACUUUCGGAAUCUGAAAUUAGGUUAGUUUUCAGCCGUUUUUAGGAUCAUCUAGAACCAUGUGUCUCAAAGGUGUGUUUCUGCUCCUUGCAACAGGGUCCUGGCGGUCGGGCCGGUGGUGGUGCUCGGUGAAAAUGUAGACUCCCGAAUCCGAUUCUCCAGGGCUGGGGCUGGGUGUCUGUAUUUUAUACCGUCAGCCGGGGCUCCAGGGCUGCCUGAAGUCAGAGGGGUCCUCUCCCCUGAGCCCUGGGGGGCCAAGCAGGGAGGAGCCGUUGGGCAGCGCAGGCAGACUAAGCUAACACCCAGGAAAGAUCGCGGGCUGGCGGAAGAUUAGACCUAAAAUGUGUUUUAUCGUUUUGAAGGAGGGGUUUUCCUUUUAGUGGGCCAAAGUCCUUUGAGAAGGGUACUUUUUAUAGCCUGUGCUUGUUUUAUAAAACUUUUAAUACUAAAAGCAUUAAUAGAUCAAACGUCUCCAGCUAGGUGAGCCGCAUACCUUUGUACACAUCUGAUGAUUCAGAGUUCAAGUGGCUGUAGUUACAAUUUCUCAGGUAAAUAACUGGUUUCCCAAAUUUCUACCAGUCCCCCCAUUAUUAGGAUAAAUUUUGAGACAGCAUAAAACCUCAAAGUGCAGUAGACGAAGCCUGAGCCCUGUUCCCGUGGAAGCCAAAAGGGGCCCUUGCCCAUCUCUGACGACGCUUGCUCCCACCCCAAGGGCUCCCUCGGCCCACAUGGCCCCGACAGGGCUCCCCGGCUCCCAGGGUCGCCCGAGACUUGGGGCCCCACAGAGGUGAGAGGCGUCUGCGUGCCCGCUUUGCCCUAUCCCCGCUGUUAAGUAAGGUGUGCCUUGCUUUAAGCAAACUGAAUGUGAAAAUUAUGGUGUAGAAACCUGGAUUCAUUUGAAAGAAAAACUGGGAUUUCUCUCAUCUCUUUAAAAAGAUGUCUCCUGAUCAGAUUCUCAUACUGGUACUCUCCCUAGUCGAUUUUAAAUGUCACUUGAAGAAGAAGGACCGUUCCCAGCCCUUCCCCACUGUCCAUUCUGUCCACCCUGCCAUCACCCCAGUGACAGAGCAAUGAAGGAAGCCCAGGGGAGCCGCGGACAGCCGCCGUGUGUGGAAGCGCCCUUUGGUGACACUGAGAGUCCGUCCUGUCCGUGUUCUCCAAGCUCAGACUUCUCUAGUUCCAAUACCUUUUUGUAAAACUGGGCACACCUGUACUUUCAGAAAGGGAUUGUUUGGUUUUGGUUUUGAGAAGUCUUUGCAUACACACUUGUGCUACAACAUUGUAGGGUCUGCUUUGACAUUGUAAGGUGACGUUGCUUUUUGGUAGUGCUGUCACACUCCCUUGGAUGAAUGUUUGCACUCUAGAGCCACAGGUGACCCCUGGCCACUGGGCGGGCUGGCCCGAGAGGGAUGCGGCAGGAGCAGAGUGAGGUCCACGCUCCAGGAGGUUGGCCGUGGUCACUGCUGUCACUGAUGUUCACCCCUGGUUACGGAGUGCUCGUUGGAAAAGACAGUUCGAGUUCAGUUCCUACAGCAGGGUUGGGGUCGGGGGGUGGGGGGGUUUUAUUGAUGUUAUAUUAUAUGUUAUUUUUAUUGUCGUUAAAUGCAAAUGUUGCUAUUUAUUUUUUUUCUUUCUGCUCUGGUUUGAUUUGGCCGAUGUGGAUAUCCCCAGUGCACAUGGUACCUGAUGGACAUGAUAGAAAUUAUUUUCCCCAACUUUUAUAAAUUGCCUAAUGUUUACCUGCAAGUUUGCCGGAUGAUUUAUUUUUGAAAGCCACAAAUGUAAUUUUUCUGGAUGAAUUGUUUUUCUUAUAUACGUGGCAAUGUAAUUUUACACUGAUCUGCAGGGUGAUUUAAAUUUUAUUUUUACAAGGCAGUUUUUCAGUCAAAUUAUAUAUUUGAUACGAUAUGCUAAGGGUAGACCAGCCAAGCAUCCUGCAGUAGCUGGGACCCACACUGUCUCUGGGGGGUCUGGGGGACUGGGAUGGCUUCUCUCGGUGGCUCGUCGUCGUCACAGAAGCACUUGGCUUGUUCCGGAGCCGUCAGGAUCUGGAUGUACUCCUUCAGCGGGACUGUGAGCUGGUGGACAGUUAAAAGGAUUUUUCCCGGGCAUUUUCCUAUACCUAAGGCAGUUCCAUUGGGAGGAGCUUUAGAAGCUGACACAAUCCAGACAGUGGACAAUCCCCGUGGCCCAGACAAGCCAUAGCGAUCUCCCUGUGACCUGACUCCUCUCUCGCGCUCACGAGGAAGGGACGUACAGUGAACAGAAACUUCUGCAGUGUUUGUGCGCCUCACUUCGAGAAUGCAAAUAUUUUUAUUUAUGUUUUAAGCCCUUCCCCAAAGUAACCGACAAGCUUCUCUUGAGCGGUCCUGCCUGCAGGCUCGGCUGCGGUGACGUAUUUCCCGUGUAGACACGGUGCGCGUGUGCUCUCUGACAGGGCUGUCUGUGUGACACACACAUGUGGACUCUUUUGUAAGGAAAAUUUUCAACUCCGGAUAAUUGCACUGAUUUUUUUGACAACUUCCUUUUUAUUGUGUCCAACUUUGCAUCUGCUGUACUUGCUUGAAAUGACUGUAAAUAGAUUUAGGUUAGCAACAAAUGACGCGAACACAGCACGCCGCUCUGUCGCGGGGACCGCCGUGUUCUCAGUAUUACAUGUCACAGCCGUGCGGGCUCCGCUCUGCCUCCGUAGCCGCGUGUCUGUGGACCGUUCAUGAAGGACAAAGGAGCCUCGUGUUCUCAUUUCUCAGAAGGGAAGUUCGCAAUCUGUUGAAAGGAGAGUCUGCUCUCCCCUUGAGGUCCGAAGAUUGGAUUUUAAAGGGUGCAUUAUAAAUCCCGUGAACACUUUUUUGGUCUGUUUAACUCCUUGUGGUUUUCUGUGGCUCCUUAAUGCGUCUCCUUCCAGUCCCCUCCAGCACCGGGCGGUCUGGGUGGGAGCGUGUGCGCGGCCGGUGUGAACGGGCCGCGAGGGCUGCCUCACUUCCCUCCGGUCCAGCCGUCAUCCUGAAGCCACGAGAUCACUGUGGUGUCUGUCUGAAGUCAUUUGCGGCUUCACCCAUAGAUGCUAGCAAGACCUGAAAGCCAGGCCUGCUGGGUUUUGCUAGAUUAGAAGCACGUGCUGGAGCCCACCGUGUGCCCCUGUUUGCGGUCAGGCUAGCCAGAGUCAGACCCGAACCGCUCAUGUAGCGUCGACACCAUCGUGGUGCCCUCCCUGAUGCUCUUCUUUGGUUACGUUUUGCCAUUUUAUUGUCAAAAGUGAAUGUAUUGGCUUAGCCAAAUCACUACAGAGGGUGGUUUCUACAUACCUUUUAGUUUUAAAAAAAAUAAAUGCAGAUAAAGGCUACCUCUGAAUUCUCCAUAGGUUCAUGUUUGCUCUUACGUGUAGCUAUCCACACUGAAAAUAGCCAAAAUGUUGCCUGAAAAAACUGAAUGGUGACCAUCUCUCUCUUCAGUUCUGGCUUGAAAAUGUGUGUGCCAUACUGUGACCCGCGGGCAGUCCCCCACCCCCCCUCGGAGGCAUCAGAGGUGCCCCGGGGACUCCUCGGGGCUGCCCAGCUCUGUAGCGUGGGGUUCUAAGCAGCCAGAGUGAAGAAAAUGGAAAAGCCUCCUGCGUGGUCCUGCCGGGCUGCUGGGAACAGCUCCAUGCAGGGCCGUGGGUGGGGAGCCUUGAAACGCCAGCUGUCCUGGCUCUCCACUUUCCUGUAAGAAAGCACUUUCUUCUCUGCUUUACUCAUGAAUGGGUUGAAAAUGGCUCCCUCUGCUCUCUUUUCCCUUUUUAUACACUCUGAAAUCACGAAGGUGCUGAAACACCAACUCUCGUGCAAAUAAUGCGUCUAAAGUGGCUGUAUGGUUUCAAAAAACCACGCAGUUGUAGUUGACCUUUGACUUUGGAACCUUGAGUUGCUCUCUCUCCCUCCUUAACCGUGAUCUAAUGUUCUGUUCAAGUCCAAGGCCCUUUGUUUGAAAGGAACACAGGGUCCGCAGCCAGCACUGAAGUAGGAGUUCCCACUGCCGGCACCCUGGGUCCUCAGAGGCUAACUUAAGGGCAGUCACCCCAAGACAGACCGUUAGCUCAGAAUACCCCUCCUCGUGAGUAACCACCUUGCUGUCAGAAUGUCCUUACCCCACGCACUGUGUGUGGGUCCGCUGGUGUCACCCUCUGCCUUCUUCAUGUCGUCUUUAGGUUGUCUGCGUUCUCUCAUCUUUGGAAGGUUUGAAUUUGCUACAGGACGCCUCCAUCCGUUUGCUCUUAAAUCCCCGAGGGACGGGCAGGUGGUUUUGCAGUUGGAGACAUCUAGGUGCACGGAGGUUGCUCUGUUGUCUCACUGGACAUUCAUCAGACACUGACCUUGGCCCAGAGAGGUUCCAAAUAUAACAUUACCUUCAAGUUUUUGCCUUCAGCAGAGUUGCUUUGGGUUUUGAUGCUUUUCAUGCUACAUGGCGUGCUUUACUUCUGAAAAAGCUAAGUGUCCUUUGCGGUCUUUCUAAGAACGUUCUGUACUUCUGCGGUGACUGUGUUCUGUCGAUAGCAGCCCACCCAGGAUGCACAGAUGUGUAGGGUGGGUCCCCACGAUAUCUGCUGACCUGCUUCUGGAACUACUCGGGUGCUCUGGGCUGGCCUCAUUUUUAACCCAAACCCCAUUCAGGGUAUGUCGGGGGACACUGCACAGUGGCUCUCUCCUUGAUUCAGUAACAUGAACUCUUGAACUCAGACCUACCCAUCAGCUCUUUGCAUCCCUGUCUCCAGAAUCCUGGGGUAGGGCUCUCCCAUCAUCUUUGCAUUUGUGAAAAAUUAUUUGAAAAGAGGGAACUGAAGAUUACUGGUGCUUUUGUUAACACUUUUCUCUUAUUGGUUGAUGUGAAGAAUGUAGAUGUGUUAACAUCUUUAAAUGCCCUUGGUGGUAUGAGUCCCAUCCCCUUUUUGGGGGGUGGGAGGAAGCUGAAUUGUCUUCUAUUUACAACCUCCUUGGAUUUGAGUGGUUCAGAGUUAAAGCUAAAACACCAAAUAUUAACUCUUCCCCCUCAAGUGUCUCCAGGAACUAGAUGUUGAGGCUGCCCUCCAUUAAGUACCUUCUGAAUCAAGGUCCUUAAAACCCUGAGUUGAUCCCAAGCACACCCCACACAACCGGGCGAGGGGGUGCGAUGCAGGCUGACUGCUCGGCUCCUUGGCCCCACCUGGCAGAACUAGGUUCUCGCGUUGGGGAGCCAAGGCUCCUGGGAACUCCAGAGACUGCGGGAACAAUCCCGGGGGGCGGGGAGAGCAGAUCCCUUGGACCCUGGAAGCAGGUGGCACCAGGCUUUCCUCUGGUCUCCAUCAGUACCAGACUGAGCGUGUUCUGGAAGACCCAGUCUCAGCCUCUGUGCCUUUAAAGUCUGGCUUUAAAGUCCUCAGUGUCCUUUUGGAAUCACGCUGGGGCUGUGUUUUUAGUGGAAAGUAAGCCUGUACCGUUCCGCUAGUCAGUUGUUGACCUUCUGCCUUUGAAGCCGCGUCCGCUCCUCAGCUCCUAAUUCGGUAAACUGUGAUGCUGGCACACUGUCUCGUGUCGGACAUCGUGAGGUUCUCGUAGUCCCGGGACUUCCUUCCCAAGUCCACGUCCAUUGGGAUUCCAGGAAAUCAGCGUAAGAUCCAUCUCUUAUUAGUCGGGCAUGGCCCGUGGCCAUCAGCAGAACCUGGUGGUUUUGUCCUCAGCGUCACUCGCCAAGCGGAUUCCGUGUCCUGGAACUAGGUUUUUAGAAGAGGAACUGGAGUUGUGUCUCUGAGUUGCGUGUGGAGUCCUCAGACAUAAGGUGCUAGUCAGUUCCCCUGUCCUUGUUUGGGGGCGCUUUGCAUUCCUGCCCCUCUGCUCUGUGCCGUGCGGGGAAGCUGCUGGGGUGGGUGAGCUGUGCGCAGGGGACUGCCCUCUGUGACAUGCCGAAGACACAGUUUUGAUCUCUUCACUUUUCCAAGCCAAAUUUGAGCAGUUUCUUGGCUGAUGGUCUAGUUUAAAAAACAAAAAAAACA